AUGCCUGGUAUUCCCAAGCUCUCUCUUGUGGAGGGCUCGUUUGAAGAGCUCGCAUCUGAGCUUGCAACGUAUCUCGACACACUGAAAGGCGAAGGUUCCACAGUCGCAUCCGACAUCGCACCACUACUCAUCACACCCGACCCCGAGCAGGCUGAGGCGCCUUCAAAAGACACAGACAAGGAUGCCGUAUUGAAGAAGUUGGUAACGGCAUCAUCGGCGUUGAAUGGGGCACCAGAGAGAGAACUGCAAGCCGCAUACAACCUCCUCAUUCACCUCAUCAGCCAGUCGGAAGACCCAGAGAACUACCUACCACCAGUAUGCCGGAACCUCACAUCUCCCAUCACCAGUAGCCCGCAGAAUAGUACCGGCAUCGCUCUUGGUAUAUUAGGCACACUCUUCAACACCCUUCAGCCCGACGAUGAGACCCGCUAUCACGUCCUCCUGUCCAUCGUGGAGUUGGUCAAGCGAAGCGCAAGCUACGAGACGAUCCGACCUCAACUCAACAGCAUCGAUUCAUGGCUCAAUGAGUGGGAGAUGGAACCAAAGGAAGCGCGAAAGCUGUACAUUGCAAUUUCCGAGUCUGCGGCGGCAGCAAGAUACCCCGAGGAGAGCUACAUCUAUCUGCUGAAAGCUCUACGUACUUUGGAGAAGGAAGCAUCGACUUCGGAGGCGCGAGAGCUAUCUCUCAAGGCACUAGGAUCAGCACUGCAGAGCGAGAAGCACUUUGACUUCCAGGAUCUCACGUCGCUCGACACCAUUCAAUCGCUCCGCAAAUCCGAUGAGACAUGGUCUGAGCUGCUCGAUGUCUUCGUGGACCAGUCAUUCGAGGACCUGGCUGACUUCAAGGAGGGCAACGACACAUUCAUCACGGACAACAGCUUGAACGAGGAUAUUCUAGAUCGCAAGAUGCGCCUCCUCACACUUACGACUCUCGCCGCACAAGCAAGUGAAAACCGCACAAUCUCGUACGCGCAGAUUUCGAAGGCCCUGCGAGUACCCGACGAUGAAACCGAGAUGUGGGUGAUCGACUGCAUCCGCUCGGGGUUGGUUGAAGGCAAGCUUUCGCAACAGAAGCAGGAGUUCCUCAUCCACCGCGCGACGCACAGGACGUUUGGUGAGAAGCAGUGGCGUGAGGUGGCGAGCAGACUUGAUAUUUGGCGCGCAAGCUUGACGAAUGUGUUGCAUGUCAUCAGGCAGCAGAAGGAAGAGUUCGUGAAGGAGAAGGAGGCUGAGCUCGCGGGUCCGGAAGUCAGGGGCGGACAGGGUUAUAGACCAGACAGAAGGCAGAGGAAUCAGCCACUGACGCUCGAUAUGGAGUAG